GUUUUGGUGGGAUUUGGCUGGCUUCCUUACUACAGCUUGUUUUAUCAGCAAAGUCUUUAUGACCUGUAUCUUGUGCCCACAUCCUAUCUCAUCCUGUGACUUAGAAUGCCUAACCUCCUGGGAAUGCAGCCCAGUUACAGUUCCUCUGAGUCAUCUCAUCAAUGCCUUCCAUACACCAAAAAACACUUCUGUUUCUCUCAGUGGAGUGUCAGUUUCUCAAAAACAGCAUCGAGAUGUAGUUCCUGAGCAUGAGGCUCCCAGCAGUGAGCCUUCACUUAACUUAAGAGACCUUGGAUUAUCUGAAUUAAAAAUUGGACAGAUUGAUCAGCUGGUAGAAAAUCUACUUCCUGGAUUUUGUAAAGGCAAAAACAUUUCUUCCCAUUGGCAUACGUCCCAUGUCUCUGCACAGUCCUUCUUUGAAAAUAAAUAUGGUAACUUAGAUAUAUUUAGUACGUUACGUUCCUCUUGCUUGUAUCGAAAACAGCAUUCAGGAGCUCUUCAAAGCAUUUGUUCAGAUCUUCAGUACUGGCCAG